AUGGAGAUUUCAUCAAAAGAAAAUACUCGGUUUUUUUCAAACAACACAAUCCUGCCUGUUGACCGAACUUCAUUCAAAUCUGAAUCUUCUGCAUCCAAGGAAAAACAGUCAUGUUGUGGAGGUAUAAAGAUAUUUCUUGGUGCAUUGUCUUUUGUUUAUUUUGCUAAAGCACUGUCAGGAAGUUAUCUAAAAAGUACUAUCACACAAAUAGAAAGAAGAUUUGAUAUCCCUUCAUCUUUGGUUGGCGUUAUUGAUGGCAGUUUCGAAAUUGGGAACCUCCUAAUCAUAAUUCUUGUAAGCUACUUUGGAGCGAAGCUUCACAGGCCAAGAAUAAUUGGAGUAGGCUGCUUAAUUAUGUCAGCUGGAACAUUCCUGAUUGCGAUGCCCCAGUUCUUCAUGGGACGAUACCGCUAUGAAAGAUUCCCUUCCAACGUCAAUGCGACUGUUAGCAUCUCGCCAUGUCUGCAGGACAAAAGCCAAACUCCGCUCUCAGCCUUGGAAAAAUCUCAAGCAAAACUAAAUGCAGGAUGUGAAAAAGAGGCAGGCUCUUCCAUGUGGAUCUAUGUUCUACUAGGGAAUCUUUUGCGUGGAAUAGGUGAAACUCCUAUCCAGCCUCUGGGAAUUACAUACAUAGAUGAUUAUGCCAUUGAAGAGAAUGCUGCCUUAUACAUUGGCUGCGUACAGACAGUUGCAAUCAUAGGGCCAAUAUUUGGCUUUCUUCUAGGAUCCCUGUGUGCCAAACUUUAUGUUGACAUUGGCUUUGUAGAUCUGGACAGUGUGACCAUAACUCACAAGGACGUGCAGUGGGUGGGGGCCUGGUGGCUGGGCUACUUAAUAGCAGGUGUGAUCAGCGUUCUGGCCGGCAUCCCCUUCUGGUUCCUGCCCAAGCACCUCCCGAAACCAGAGGGCAGAAAGGACUCCAGUACCUCUUCUGAGCAAUCAAAGUUCAUCACUGAGGAUAACAGGGACCAACACAAAUCUUAUCAGCAAGUGAAGAUUGCUGAGAUGGCAAAAGACUUCUUGCCGUCGCUGAAGAACCUCUUUGGGAAUCCAGUUUAUAUUCUGUAUUUGUGUGCAAGUAUCAUUCAGUUCAAUUCUUUAAUUGGCAUGGUGACAUAUAAGCCAAAGUAUAUUGAACAACAGUAUGGGCAAACAUCUUCAAAAACUAAUUUUGUUAUAG